AUGACCCGCCGGAAAGCUGAAGUGUCAGAGUUCCUCGGUGAAGAUGUUGACAUCCUCACUAACAAGAGUUUGAAACCGACCAGAAGACUUUUAACACCAUUCCUUUUCUCGAGAGUUCCACCAGUUCCUGAUAGCGAGUCAAGGCAGUCGUUGCCUAUGUACACGAAGAACAUACUCUCAGGGAUUUUUUUUACGUGGCUAAUACCUCUCUUUAAUGUGGGAUACCAAAGGACGUUGGAAUUUGAUGACCUGUGGACCCUCGAUGAGAGGCUAUCAGUAAAAAAUACAUUCCCGAGAUUCCAACGCCAUCUUCAAUUGCUUUCAAUCAGAAACAAUGAGAAGGCUACAGGUAGGAUUUCAAAGCGUACACUUUUGGAAGCUUUGUUUCAUACGUUCAAGUCGGAGUGUUUGUUAGCAUUUGUCGCGGCAACCUUUAAUUACGGCAGUUUGGUUGUCAUUCCAGUUUUGAUAAAGAAGCUGAUUGAUGUGGUGGAACUACGAGUAUUGAUUACAGAAACGCCAAUCAAUGCUGGCGUUGGUUACGCGCUGGGCAUAGUUAUUUUGCUAACUCUUAGGUCUCUUGCGCAGAACCAUGCCCUUCAAUUCUCUAAGGUAAUCGGUGCUCAAAUGAAAACAAUUCUGACCAGAAUGCUAAUGGAAAAAGCCUUUGUUGCUAGCUCUGAAAGCAAACUCGAAUUUUCGAAUGGCAAGAUUUUCUCCCUAAUGAGCACGGACCUGAGCAAGAUAGAUGAAGCAAUUAGCUAUUUUCCAUUUGUUGUGUCUUGUCCAUUCCCGCUUAUUGCCGCAAUUGCUUUGUUGAUUGUUAACAUUGGAUAUGCGGCUUUGAGCGGUCUCGGUCUAUUUUUCGCGGCAAUAAUGGUGGCCGCCCUCCCGACCAAAGCGUUGUUGGAAUAUAAAAAGAAGGGAUCAGCUUACACUGACAAAAGAGUGGAGUUAAUGAGGGAAAUUUUGAACGCCAUGAAGAUGAUCAAAUUACAUACCUGGGAAGAUGCGUACGAAGAAAAAGUUAUCGAAGCAAGAACUAAAGAAUCUCGAUAUAUUCUUAAAUCGGACUGGCUUACCAGUAUAAUGUUUGGAAUCGUCUUCAACCUCUCCCUUUUGUCAUCUAUGAUGUCAUUCUUGGUUUUGUACGCUAUCCAUUCAACAAAAGGAUCACCUGGUAACAUUUUCGCCUCGUUAUCCCUUUUCGACAUUUUGACGAAUUUGUUUUCCGAAUUUCCAUUGUAUAUUUCUUAUUGCACUACAGGUUGGGUCGCACUAACUAGAGUUCUUGAAUUUCUACAAUCUCCUGAUGAAUUGAAGGAAGAUCUAGGGAGCGCUAAAAUUGGAGAAACUCAGAAGAACGUUGUUGUUAAAGCCUGUGGCGCGGAUUUUGAAUGGGGCGCCGCAAGAGACGAUGAGUCAAAAUUCUGUUUCAAAAAUGUUAACCUUGAAAUUUCUCAAGGGGAGUUUAUUGUCGUUGCAGGGCGGACUGGGUCGGGAAAGUCUGCGCUACUCAGCGCUAUUGCAGGUGGAAUGAAAACUACAAGUGGAAGCGUUUAUAUCAGUGGUUCUUAUCUGUCAUGCGGACAACCUUGGAUACAAAGCGCCACCGUCCGCGACAAUAUCACAUUUGGAAUGGAAUUUGAUCCCAAAUUCUAUAUCGAGACCAUUAAGGCCUGCGCGCUAGAUAAAGAUUUGGAAUCGCUUUCCGCGGGUGACAAAACCGAAGUUGGUGAAAGAGGUGUUACGCUUUCAGGAGGCCAGAAAGCGAGAAUAAAUCUGGCCAGAGCCGUUUAUGCUCGCAAAGAUGUUUACCUCUUGGAUGAUAUUCUAAGUGCUCUGGACUCUCAGGUCGGAGAAAUGGUUGUCGAGAAUUGCUUGACGGAACUGAUGGCUGAUAAAACUAUCAUAAUGACUACACAUCAGCCCUCUGUAAUACAAAGAGCUGAUCGCAUUGUUUUCAUAGAUGACAAUAGAGAGCCGCAUAUUGGAACACUUGAGGAAAUGGUCGUAAAACAUCCAGCACUUGCAUCUCUAAUGGCCAACAGGGAACGCAGGUCUCCAAAAGCUGACGUGGUACGGAAAAUUCAUGACAAAGUUGGCCAAAAUUGGGAUUUCGAAAAUUACGAAGGUGAAGUCGAUCAGCUGUAUCAUGCUGAAGAAAAAGCUGUCAACUCCAUCCCUUUCUGGAUCUAUAAACAAUACUUGCAAGCUGGUUCCAGCGGUCAUCCCUUUUUGUGGCUUUUGGCUGUUAUUAUUGCCACCAUUGUGACAGUUUUUUCUAUGAUGUUUGCUAAUGUUUGGCUUUCUUUCUGGAUUGACCGCCAUUUCGCACACAAAUCUGACGCUUUUUACAUUGGGAUCUAUGUCAUGUUUGUAAUCCUGAGCCUGGUACUUGUUUCUGUUGAGUUGGCAAUCAUGGCUUAUCUUACUAUUAAUGCGGCGAAACACUUGAAUCUCAACGCUCUCAGGAGAGUCUUACACGCUCCAAUGACUUUUACUGAAACUACUCCGAGUGGAAGAAUCUUGAAUAGAUUCACCAAGGACACCAAUUCGCUGGAUAACGAGAUUGGCAACCAACUGAAAAUUUUAAUACAUCAAGUCGCUAUGGUGUUUGGUAUUCUAAUACUCUGUGUUGUUUACUUGCCAUGGUUCGCGAUUGCACUUCCCCUACUUGUUAUCAUAUUCACCGUGAUAACAAAUUACUAUCAAGCCUCUUCAAGAGAGGUCAAAAGACUAGAAUCUGUUAGCAGAUCGUUUGUUUACGAUAACUUUAAUGAAGUGUUGAAUGGAGUUGAAACUAUAAAGGCAUACAAUUCUGAAGAGCGUUUUCUUCAGAAAAACGACCACCUUGUUGACCGGCAGAACGAGGCUUACCUUGUCACAGUUGCGAACCAAAGGUGGAUUGGAAUAAGCUUAGACCUCACGGGAUGCGGGCUGGCAUUUGUUGUCACAAUGCUAGCAUUGACACACCAAUUUAACAUUAGUGCAGCUUCGACAGGUCUAAUUGCAACAUAUGCUCUCGAAUUGUCUUCCCUUUUUUCUUCAUGCCUAACGUCCUUCUCUGAAGUUGAAAACGAGAUGAACUCCGUUGAAAGGUUGUGCCGUUAUGCAAAUGAUUUAGAGCAAGAAGCUGUGUACAAGAUGCCCGUCGAAGUGCUGCCAGAUCGCUGGUCCAAAGAUUGCUCUAUAAGCUUCCGAGACGUAAGCCUGAGGUAUCGCAGCGGACUACCUCUGGCUCUUAAGCACGUAAAUUUUCUUGUGAAUGCUCAAGAAAAAAUAGGAAUAUGUGGACGGACAGGGUCAGGAAAGAGCUCUUUGAUUGCCGCAAUCUUUAGACUAAAAGAGCUCGCCGAAGGGGCAAUUGAAGUUGGCGGCGUUGACGUCAAAAGCUUAGGACUCCACGACUUGAGAUCCAACCUCUCUAUAAUUCCUCAAGACCCUGUAUUGUUACAGGGAACAAUCCGGAAGAAUUUAGACCCAUUUGGACAAUAUCAGGAUGUGCAGCUAUGGGACGCGAUCAAAAGAAGCGGCCUCCUGGAUUUUAACAACUCAAAGAACCAGAAAUCAGCUGAUAACUUUCAAAAGUUUCAUCUGGAUUCCAUUGUGGAAGAAGACGGCUCUAACUUUUCACUCGGAGAACGUCAGCUCAUUGCGUUGACCAGGGCGCUAGUAACUGAUUCCAAAAUUUUAAUAAUGGAUGAAGCUACUUCAAAUAUUGAUCAAAAGACGGACGAAUUAGUUCAAAAGACAAUUAUGAGUGAGUUUAAAGACCGCACGGUCUUAUGUAUUGCGCACAGAUUGAAAACCAUACUUGCCUAUGACAAGGUUUUGGUGAUGAAAGACGGGGAAUUGCACCAGUACGACGAGCCAAUUGCCUUAUUCAAUACACCAGGUCUGUUCAGGGACAUGUGCGACAGCUCAGACAUUAGAGCUGAGGAUUUCCCAAACUAG